AUGGAGAUCAACGGUUCGAACAUAACUCCGACUACAGCUAGUCGCCCAGUGACGGAACACUCAUUUCUCACAAGUUUCCCCUACGAAAUUCGCAGAUUUAUAUAUGGACAUCUCCUUACGACCCCUUUGCUGGCAGAAUGGGAUUGCCUAGGAGGUCGGAAAUCAAGAAAGACGCCUGGCAAGCCCUCCGAAAUAUCCUAUACCCCACUUGGUCUGGGCACGUCAAUUAUGCGGACAAAUCGUCAAAUAUGGGAAGAGUCCGAAGAUGUUCUGUACGGACAAAACGUUUUUAUGGUCACCUUCCCGAGAACGGGUUACGUUUUCGAGAAGAGCAAUUUACUAAAAUACAGAGCGCAUCGCGUUCCUUUACGAGGAUUCAUGUGCUCACUGACACGUUACAAUCAAAUAAUUGAUGAUGAAAAAUGUGUCAUGGAUGAUGGUGAUCUUCUCGAACCUGGGUUUGAAGAAACACUCACUAAAAUUCGACGAUGGAAACUCAUGCUCCCAUCUGACAAGGAGAUUUAUCAAGUCGGCGUCGGACCUUUUUGUCAUCUCAUUCGCCACUCAACCCUGGUCAGCCUGGAUGUCACCUUCAAAGACGUGUGGUACCACCGAAUGAUAGGCGAGGUCAAUUUAGAGACGCUGCUUAACUGUAUUACAACGCUUCGUUUGAGGGGUCCAGCUAGAAAGUUUUCUAUGAAAUUCCCAAAACCCAAUUUACUCAAGAUCGAAAGGCUCCAAAGGGAACACAUUCCAGGAUACUGGUGGGACCUGCCAAAAUCCAGCCACGAAGAAAUCAGAAAGCAAAGGACGGCUUCCUUGGCAAGCCUCGAAUCAAAGAUAGCUAAAAUUGUUUAUGGAGAAACAAAGCCGGAGAGCACUAUUGAGAUGUACUAUUGUCUAAAACGAUACUACCAGGCAUUCUACAGGCACACAAGUUUUGAUGGCCACUUCCAGAGAUCUCUAGAUUCAUGGAGUUCAAGUUUAGCCUCAAAAGGCCAAGCGCUACCCGAGGGUUGGUUCGAGUGGGAGUGGAUCCAUCACUCAAGCGUCCAGUGCCACGGACACGACAGGGCCACGAAACCUAGCGAAUGGCUAUACCAUGCUUCUACUACGGCUUCGGAGUUAGAUCCCAAACAGUUUAAACAUAGAAGGCAGUGUUGUUUAACUUUCUUAGAGGACACAUACAAGGACAUUUUAGCUAGGCGAGAUCGGCUUACUGAUGUCAUCAAGGGACAUAAAACAUUGAAUGGUAUACUAGCACCCUUCCAGGACUCGAUUUCAGAAGGGGGAACGUUAAAGAUACAGGAACGAACUUCGAUGCUAUUCCAAGAAGGUACCUAUUCUGAUGAACUAAUCGCAGAACUACUUGAUCCUCUUGAAGGGUAUGCAAGCAAACUAAGAGACGCCUGCAGAACAACAGCAAGUCCCGAGGACUUGGACAUUAAAAAUUUCCAAGACCGCAAACCUGGCGCCCCAUAUGGACCACUCUCUUCGGACAAAUUCGCCGAAUCAAUCACUUGGGCUCUCGAAAAUGAAAAUUUCGACAUUUUCUGUUCGAACUACAAAGCGGCGGUAGAUGACCUUGACCAGCAAUGCUUGGAAAUUCGAAACGCCAGAAAGUGUCUCUUCGAACACGAUCUUACUGAUCGAGAAUGUGACAUCGACCUUGAGUUAUCCCGAUGCGACGACAUGAUUGAUUGGGAUGUUGUUGAGCCUGAUUUGUGUCCACAAAGAGAUGUCAUCGGAGCGAGAGAUCAAACACUCACCAAUCGACCCUACAGAGUUGAUGUUGGACCAUCAUGGCCCUGUGAAACAGAUGCUCGGGAUGCUGUUGAGUGGAUUCAACCUCAAGCAUAUGUAUUGACAAAUCUCAGCAAUAAGAAGAAGGGAAAGAAAGGCAAGAAGAACAAGAGCAAGAAGGAAGCUGUACCUGAAGAUUUAUGA